CAUCGACUCCCCUUAUAUAACCAGUCGCCUGCAAUCAGAGUAAACUGGGGAAAAUAAGUCUUAAUCGACAUACCAACAUGAGGACUAGAAAUGGAGACGCAACCAAAUCGGUGACUCCUAAACGGACGCCGCCCGAGAGGAAAUGUGCCGCCAAAACAGCACCUGAUCCUGCGGCUGAAUCAGCCACCCCAAAAACCGCCGAGACAAAGCGUGGUGCUGCAGCUAGAGCUAAGCAGGCAAAGAACAACGAAUCCACACCCUCGCCGAUCAUCAGCUCGGAUUCAAAGCCUGAACAAUCUAUAGUAGAUGAAGAAACAAAAGCAUCUAAUGAUGCAACUUUAGUGACCCCUGAAGCAAAAGUUGCCCCACGCAAGAAAAGAGUUGUGAGGAAGGUAGUGAAGGUUGUUAGGAAAACGUCUGGGAAGACCAAAGCUUCUACAGCAAAAGUUGUUUCUUGCCAAACAUCAAAGACAAACGAAUCUGUUAGGGAUCAAGAUGAAAAAAGUGCAAAGGAGGAAAUAUUGGACGCAAAGGAUUCUGAUGCAACGAAGAAUCAUGAAUGUGCUACUGAAAAUAUUGGGGAAUCCCCAAAGAAGGAAGAAAGUAUUGAUGAAGUGGGAGAACCUGUUGAGAACGUUGCAGAAUCAAUAGCAAAGGGAAAAGCUAUAAUGGAACUGGAAGAGUCUGUUACUGAAGCUGCAGAGGAGAAUCAAUCAAUAGCACAAAUGGUUGGAGAACCUGAAAAUAAGGAGCAAACUGCAGUGGUUGUGGACUUUCCUUCUAAUGGAAUUGAUGAGGUCCCUAAAAAUGAGGAACCCAGUGGUACAGGUAAAGAAGAGGAAGUGAAGGAGGUUACAACACAAAAAAUUAAUGAUAAGGAAGAAAAUAAAAUUGAGGCUAUUGACACAGAAGAAAAUAUCAAAGGUGAGUUGCAUGUAGAAGAUACUCAGCCUGUUCAGGAUGAGUAUGGUGGCGAUGAGGGAUAUGAGGAGUAUGGUGAUCGAGUAGACUUUGAAGAUCAUGGUGAGGAUGACUUUGUAGAAGAUGAUCCUGAGGAGCCUGUUGAAGAAGCUGAAGCACUAGAAGAGGAACGCAAAGAAUUAACAGCUGUUGCUAAGGAACGCAAGCUUAAGAAAGAGUAUGAAAUAUUUGUUGGUGGCCUGGACAGAGAAGCUACGGAAGAUGAUGUGAGAAAGGUUUUCGAGAAGAUUGGUGAGGUAGUUGAGGUUCGAUUGCAUGGGAAUCUUUCGAUGAAUAAGAGCAAGGGAUAUGCGUUUGUGAAAUUUGCAAACAAGGAGCAUGCAAAACGUGCUUUGUCUGAAAUGAAAAACCCUGUGAUUUGUGGAAAGCGAUGUGGGACGGCACCAAGCGAGGACAAUGAUACUUUGUUUUUGGGCAACAUAUGCAACACGUGGACAAAGGAAGCUAUUAAACAAAAGUUAAAGGAUUAUGGUGUUGAAGGUGUUGAGAACAUCACUCUUGUCCCAGAUGUUCAACAUGAAGGGAGGAGCCGUGGUUUUGCAUUUCUUGAAUUCUCUUGCCAUGCAGAUGCAAUGCAUGCAUACAAGAGGCUUCAGAAGCCGGAUGUUAUAUUUGGUCAUCCUGAGAGAACUGCUAAAGUAGCAUUUGCUGAACCUAUACGUGAGCCAGAUCCAGAAAUUAUGGCUCAUGUGAAGACGGUAUUUCUUGAUGGGCUUCCUUUUUACUGGGAUGAAGAUCGUGUUAGAGAGCACUUGCAAGGAUAUGGGGAGAUAGUGCGAAUUGUCCUGGCUCGGAAUAUGUCAACUGCCAAGAGGAAGGAUUUUGGAUUUGUUGAUUUCUCCUCGCAUGAAGCUGCUGUUGCAUGUAUUGAGAGAAUAAACAACAAAGAAUUGGGUGAUGGGAACUCAAAGACGAAGGUAAAAGCAAGGCUGUCAAAUCCUAUGCCUAAAACUCAGGCCGUUAAGGGAGGAAUGUGUGGGGGUUUUCUGAUUGAUCGUGCUGGCAAUGGAACCUCUUCAAGAUUUGGAAGGAAUUUUGGGCUCGGUGUACACCACUUCAACUGGGCAAAUUUCCAGCGUGAUAGGGAUUUCUAUCAACGAGGACCUGGUUAUUCUACUAGGAUGGCUUCCAAUGAAUAUGAUUUUAAUAACCGGCAUUCUGUGUUUCGUGGGAGACAAUUCUUUGGACGAGGAGGCAGAAGAGGUCCUCUUCGAGGUGGUUACCACCCUGCUGGAAGAGGUGUUGCUGCUGCUGGCCCAUCAAGAUAUAAUUUCAAUAGAUCUUGGUUUGAUGCCUCUGAGAGAGCACAUGGGGACCAGGCUUCCUCUAGGAGGCAACCAUUUUCUCCAGAACAAGCCUUUGAUAGACCUUAUGUUGGAAGGCACUUUGAUGAUCCUUAUUUCUAUGAUGACAGUGCACAUGGGAUGAAGCGGCCUUUUUUCAUGACUGACCGUGAUGAUUAUGCACAACCUAGUAGGCUCCGUCCUCGAUUAGAUUACAAUGAUCCAGCUGUUUCAUUUCAGGGAACACAUUAUCAUGACACUUAUGAGGGACGCAAUGAUCCGUACUCACAUGGUUAUUAUGGUCCUGAAGUAAGUUAUCAAUCUCUUGCUUUUCUCAUUCAGUUCCAACUAUUGGCAGUUUUAUCAAAUUUUGUAUUUGUUCAUAUUGCAGUAUGGUGCAUAUCCACCUUAUUACAGGAAUGGUCGUCCAUAUGGAGGUGGUUACUACUAUUAGGUGCUUUAAGAUUUGGUUGACGUGAAAGCUGGAUCGCUUCGAUGGUCACAGGAAAAUGGCUUGCUGUUGAAAAAAAAAACAGUUGAAGUCACAUUUUUCUUUAUCUUCUCGAUGUUUUCUUUGUUCUUCUUCUUGAAUUUCUGAGUCAUUGCUCUCUCUCUCUCUCUCUCUCUCUCUCCCUCUCAAAAUUUUAUGGUGCAGUUUCUUGAGUUUUUAAAUGUCUAGUUUAGGUUGUCUUAAGAGGACAUAGAUCAAGUGAAAUAGUCUUUUGAAUGUUGGAGGUUGGAAUAGGCAUUUGGCUUUUAGGUUUGAACUGCUUGAGGACUUUCAGAAUGACUUUUGCUAAAUUGCAGUGAUCAGUUUCUAUUUGUCUUUAUGAUGUACAUAAUGGAUAAUGUAUUUUUGUGAUCCUGAAUCUUGAAGCUGAAAUAAAACAGAUUGGUGACUUUGUUUUAUUGAAGGGAAAACCUUAAAGCCAAGGGGUUUCACAGUGAGAGGGGCAGAAGUUAAAAUAUGUAAUGCACUGAUGGAGGUGUUGAGGAGACUACAUUGAAGUUUUUUUUGAGAAGAUAAGGUGUAGAGCUUGUAUGGCUAGCAUGUAGGCACUGUAAAUGCUGAGAUAUACCAUCUUAUCUGAGUUUCUUAUGAAUUAGUAUGGAAUUGUGUUCAACAUAUAUCAAUGGUUACUUGAGUUACGAGAGGGUCAUUUGAUGUUGAUGUCAUUUCUGUGGAUAUCUGAUUAAAGUAUUGCUUGCAAUUUUUUGUUGUGCCCAGCAUAUUUUUGGUUCUUGGUUAACAUUUGCACCUGUUAUUAAAACUUUUAAAGGUGCAUUGGCCCCUAGUAAAUUAAGAUUUUAAACACAUUUUAAAGUUCCAGUAAGUGAGGAGCACAAUUGAUAUGGUCCAUUAUGUCAUUUGGUGUUUGAGCAAAUCCUGUUUUAUAUAUUUUGGAGAUGCUUAUGAUACAUUCUGAACAGAAUCAUUUGAUUAGGGGACUGGAAUUUAUUGUGAGAUAGAAGUGACAUUUUUGGGGAAUAGUUUUUAGUGGUAAAUUGUCUUAUUCUGAUUGAUAUAUAGGGAAAUGACCUUGGUGUGCCAGCAAGGUAACUCAAUCUGAUUAUUCUGAUGGUAAAAUGCUUAUGCCUACUAAACAUGUACGGUUGAAGUGCUUGUCAAAGCUUUCAAGCAUUUUGGUGGUGGUAUGGACCUGUAAUUUUGCUUAUUGGUGUUUGAUAGGUCGGAAGGGUUUUAAAAUUUAAUAAUUAACAUGAAGUUAGUAAUUUUUAAUCAGUAAAACUUUGGCCUUUGUGAUGUUGAGGAAAAAUUGGUAGUUGUUUUCCUGGUUAGCUAACUGUCAAAAUCAACCUCUUCGUGUAAUCUUUUUGAUCUCUCCUUCCACCAUUUUGCUGGUGGCAUGCACCUUGCUUUGCUUAUCUUUGUGAUACUGCAGAAGGAAUCCUUUUUAAUUCAGGAGAGGCAAGAAGUUAAUGAUUCUAAUUAGGCAAACUUUGGCCUGUGUUAUGUAGAGGGAAAUUUGCCGAGUCAUUUCCUGGUUGGGUAACCAGAAUAUCAACCUCUUUGGUUGAUCUUCUUGAUCUCUUUGUUUUAUGAUUCAAUGUUCUCUUGUCCGCUCUACAACCUGAUUAGGAGUUAUAGUCAGCUAGGUAUCAGUGUAUCUCAAUGUUUCAUUCACAGCCAAUGAAUCUUGGGUUCAAACAAAGAUUGAGCUCUUCAUUUUUU